GGAAGCUACUUUUCAAGAGACUGACGAUUCGGACGUGACGCAAGGUGAAAAUGCAAAAAAGAAUCGUCACUUGUAAAACUUCACUGUUGUCUGCCUUCUUUUUGAGUGAAUGAUUUGUGGUUUUUUUUCAGCCUUCCAGAUUCAGAAGAAGUGAAUGAAAGUGUAAUCAAAGACGAACAGAAUUUCAUCAGUAGAAAUGAAAAUAUUGAGUCGAGUGAUUUAUCCGAACAAAAAAACCUUAGUUCAAAGUCGAACUCGAAAGAGAAUUCGUGUCCUCAUUGCACCUAUACUACAAAUUUCAAACAUCAUCUCACUAGACACAUAAAUAAUGUCCAUUUGAAAUUGAAGCAGCACAAAUGCCAUCUUUGUGAUUAUGCGGGAACUACGAGAGAUAUGCUGGUGAAUCAUUUGAAUUUCAUACAUUUGAAUUUGAGAGAACACAAGUGUCAUUCUUGCGAUUAUGCGACAAAUCAAAAAUCAUCUCUUCUAGGCCACAUAGAGUCUAUUCAUUCGAAUUUGAGGACACAAAAGUGUCCUUAUUGUGAUUAUGCUGCGAAUUUGAAAAAUCGACUCAACAGACAUAUAAAUUCAGUUCAUUUGAAUUUGAAGAAACACAAAUGUCUCUUGUGCGAUUAUGCUUCAAAUUGGAAUUUUGGACUGAAGAAACAUAUGAAGUCUGUUCAUUUGAACUUCAAAGAUUACAAGUGUGAGAAGUGUGCUUAUGCAACUAAUGACAAAGACUCCCUCUUAAAACAUAUGUACAUUCAUUCGGAUUCGAAGCCACACAAGUGUGACUCGUGUGCUUAUUCUGCUAUUGUUCGAAGCAGCCUUAAAAACCAUAUAAGUUCUGUUCAUGUAAACUUGAAAUGUGACUUAUGUGACCACACAUCAAAUAAAAUUAACCUAAGAAAACAUAUGAAGUCUGUUCAUAAAGAUGUACAAAAUAAAUAAACAAAAACACGUUU